AUGUUCCGGUGUGGAGGCCUGGCGGCGGGUGCCUUGAGGCAGAAGCUGGUACCCUUGGUGCGGACAGUGUGCGUCCGAAGCCCGAGGCAGAGGAACCGGCUCCCAGGCAACUUGUUCCAGCGACGACAUGUUCCCCUAGAACUCCAGAUGGCAAGACAAAUGGCUAGCUCUGGUGCAUCAGGGGGCAAAAUCGAUAACUCUGUGUUAGUCCUUCUUGUGGGCUUAUCAACCAUAGGAGCCGGUGCAUAUGCCUACAAAACAGUAAAAGAUGACCAAAAAAGAUACAACGAAAGAAUUUCAGGGUUAGGGUUGACACCAGAAGAGAAACAGAAAAGGGCCACAUCACCUGUUUCAGAAGGAGAGCCAGUUCCUCAAGUCAGGGUACCAAGUCAUGUUCCUUUCCUGCUAAUUGGAGGAGGUACAGCUGCUUUUGCUGCAGCCAGAUCCAUCCGGGCUCGGGAUCCUGGGGCCAGGGUACUGAUUGUAUCUGAAGAUCCUGAGCUGCCAUACAUGCGGCCUCCUCUGUCAAAAGAACUGUGGUUUUCAGAUGACCCAAAUGUCACAAAGACACUGCGAUUCAGACAGUGGAAUGGAAAAGAGAGAAGCCUGCCUCACAUUGAGAAUGGUGGUGUGGCCGUCCUCACUGGGAAGAAGGUGGUACAGCUGGAUGUGAGAGGCAACACGGUGAAACUGAACGAUGGCUCUCAAAUAACCUAUGAAAAGUGCUUGAUUGCCACAGGAGGCACUCCAAGAAAUCUGUCUGCCAUUGACAGGGCAGGAGCAGAGGUGAGGAGUAGGACAACGCUGUUCAGAAAGAUUGGAGACUUUAGAGCCUUGGAGAAGAUCUCACGAGAAGUCAAGUCAAUUACAAUUAUUGGUGGGGGCUUCCUCGGUAGCGAACUGGCCUGUGCCCUUGGCAGAAAGGCUCAAGCCUUGGGCACAGAAGUGAUUCAGCUCUUCCCUGAGAAAGGAAACAUGGGAAAGAUCCUUCCUGAAUACCUCAGCAAUUGGACCAUGGAAAAAGUCAGACGAGAGGGGGUUAAGGUGAUGCCCAAUGCGAUUGUGCAAUCAGUUGGAGUCAGCGGUGGCAGGUUACUCAUCAAGCUGAAAGACGGCAGGAAGGUGGAAACUGACCACAUAGUGGCAGCUGUGGGUCUGGAGCCCAAUGUUGAGUUGGCCAAGACUGGUGGGCUGGAAAUAGACUCAGAUUUUGGUGGCUUCCGGGUGAAUGCAGAGCUACAAGCACGCUCCAACAUCUGGGUGGCAGGAGAUGCUGCGUGCUUCUAUGAUAUAAAGUUGGGUAGGAGGCGGGUAGAGCACCAUGAUCACGCUGUUGUGAGCGGAAGAUUGGCUGGAGAAAAUAUGACCGGCGCUGCUAAGCCAUACUGGCAUCAGUCGAUGUUCUGGAGUGAUUUGGGUCCUGAUGUUGGCUAUGAAGCUAUUGGCCUUGUGGACAGUAGUUUGCCCACAGUUGGUGUUUUUGCAAAAGCAACUGCACAAGACAACCCAAAAUCUGCCACCGAGCAGUCAGGGACUGGUAUCCGAUCAGAGAGUGAGACAGAGGCUGAGGCCUCAGACAUCGCUAUUCCUCCAAGCAGCCCAGCAGUCCCACAGGCCCCCACUGAAGGGGAGGACUAUGGCAAAGGUGUCAUCUUCUACCUCAGGGACAAUGUGGUGGUGGGGAUCGUGCUAUGGAACAUCUUUAACCGAAUGCCGAUAGCAAGAAAGAUCAUUAAGGAUGGUGAGCAACAUGAAGAUCUCAAUGAAGUGGCCAAACUCUUCAACAUUCAUGAAGACUAA